AUGCCCAGAAAAGGAAAGCCUUUAGUUGCCAUAGGAGAAAUAUCUGGUGGUUAUCAAUACCGUCCAGAGCAUCCUGGACUCGUGCAGACCCGGCCCGUUCAAUGGAUUAACAAGGAAGUCCCCAGGAACUUGCUGGAUAAAGACCUCCAGAAUUCAAUCAACGCACAGAUGACCGUAUCGCAACCCAGAGCUAACGAUGCCGAGUAUAGGCUUCGAAUAAUAGCGGUUGAUGGUCUGGACCCGUCCCUACAAAUUGGGAAGCUUGGUGCGGAAAACGGCUCUGAAAGUGCCCCCCUACAGGUCCUUGCCGCUGAUACCUUCAUGCCUCUCCCCUUUUUGGAGGACAUCAAGCAACUGCUGGAAGAAAAGAAGCAGGUUAUCUUCCAGGGUCCGCCUGGAACCGGGGAAACUUAUAUUGCCCGUGAAUUGGCCCGGGCUUUGGCAGGGUCUGAAGACAGAGUCACGCUGGUUCAGUUCCACCCAUCCUAUGCCUACGAAGACUUUGUGCAGGGUUUCCGUCCUACCAAUGUCGGUGGGCAGGCGGGGUUCGAGUUGCGGAAAGGGCCCUUAUUGAGAGCUGCGGAUCAGGCUUGGGAGGAACCUGAGGCCAAUCACUACCUACUAAUCGAUGAGAUUAACCGGGGCAAUCUAGCCAAAGUGUUCGGGGAACUCUAUUUCUUGCUGGAGUACCGAAACGAGGAGAUGACCCUGCAGUAUUCCGAUGAACCCUUCUCGCUACCUGACAACCUGUACAUCAUUGGCACGAUGAACACCGCAGACCGCUCUAUUGCACUGGUGGAUCUGGCCCUGCGUCGGCGAUUCUACUUUAAGGAGUUUCACCCAGCAAAGGAACCGGUCAAGGAUGUGCUCCGCAAGUGGCUAAGGGCAAAGGCUGAGGGAAUGGAAUGGGUGGCGGACUUGCUGGACGAGGCCAACAGGCUGUUGGGAUCCAAUGACCAAGCCGCUAUCGGUCCCAGCUACUUUAUGCGCCCAGGGUUGGACGAAGCCGGGGUCGAACGAGUUUGGGAGCACAGUGUAUUGCCCUACAUAGAAGAAAGACUGUUUGGCGAAAGGGAAAGCCUGGACCAGUUCGAUUUGGACAGAUUGAGACGGGCCGUCGCCGGUCGAGGUCAGGAAUCAAUGGAAUCGGACCCAGUUGAUGCGGAUGACAGUGAGGGUUGA